AUGGGUAAGAUUAAUUCUUUAUUAACUGUCCGUUCUAUUGUUAAUGGUGGAUGGAAUCUCUCUAUUUUCCACUUUUCUUUUUCUUCUCCUUUUAACACCACCGCUACUCACAUUAAAGCUUUAAGCAAGGCUUCAAUGCCUGUGAAGGGAAACCCUCAAAAGCAUGAUGGUUUUGAUAAUGUUAAUGAUGCUUUGGUUUUCUUUAAUAAGAUGAUUGUGAAGUACCCAAAGCCUUCAAUUGUGGAUUUCAAUAAACUAUUAGCAACCGUUGUUAGAUUGAAACACUAUGCCGUUGUUGUUUCUACGUAUAGCCAAAUGGAAUUGUUUGGAGUUCCUUUUGAUGUUUAUUCAUUCAACAUCCUGGUUAAUUGCUUUUGUCAAUUAGGUCGAAUUGAUUUCGGGUUGUCUGUUUUGGGGAAAAUGCUGAAGUUAGGUGUUGAACCUAGUUUCGUAACCUUUUCGACUUUGAUUAAUGGACUUUGCAAACAAAGCAAGUUUCCUCAGGCUGUGAGUUUGUUUGAUGAAAUGGUUGAAAAAGGGUAUCGACCCGAUUUGUUCAUUUACAGUACAAUACUCAAUGGGUUGUGUAAGAUCGGCUAUACCGACCGAGCUGUUUGGCUUUUAAGGAUGAUGGAAGAAAGAGAUUUCGCACCCAAUGUUGUAAUAUAUGGCACUGUCAUUGACUGUCUCUGUAAGAACGUGUUGCUGAAGAAGGCUCUCGAUCUCUUCUCUGAACUGAAGGCUAAGGGACAUCGACCAAAUAUCGCUACUUACAAUUGCUUAAUUCAUGCUAUGUGUAACUUGGGCCGGCAAAAGGAGGUAACAAGGCUUUUGAAUGAAAUGAGGGAGAACAAUAUUUCACUCAGUAUUAUCACAUAUAAUACCUAG